CAAUUAAAACCAGAAUUUUAAUAAUAAAAUCUGAAACUAAAAACGCCAGGAUGUUGGACGCACUUAAUGACGAUUGUCAGUUGGCAAUAAUCAAGUACUUAAAUCUAAAUGAUCAAAUCGCACUAUUCGAAGCCAACAAAAGCACUUCAAAUCGCUUGAAUAUGAAUGUAGCCUAUGCCUGGAAACUUCAGCUUAGCUUUAUACUUGAUUGGAGGGUCUAUAAGAAGUUUGAAGAGAUGCCUGAAUUGUUGGACGUGUUCCUAUCUAACUGCAGUGCAACAGUGCAGGAAUUAAAACUGGACGGCGUAAAAUUGGACUUUCUCAAACGCUGGGAAAAUUACACAUUUCCCCGCAUGAAAACACUUGAGUACACAUUGGAAUCCGGUUAUCAGGCUGCCGAUGAAGCAAUUCGAACAAUGGCAAAGCUCUUUCCUGAACUAACUUUGCAGUCUCAUGGUGAUUUCAAUUGCGUUGUUCUGCAGAAAUGGACGCAGAUGCGUAAGCUGGACUUGGCCAAGUCGUGGCACAUUAAUAAUGACUACGAUUGGGCCAAAGAGAUUGCCAAAUGUCAAUUGCUUGAAGAGUUGACACUGGAUGACUAUAGCAUUGGGUCCAACAAUUAUGAUGACCUCAUGGCGUUGCCCAAGCUGCACAAACUUUGCAUACUGAGUGCUUCUGAUGUCACAUUAGCCAAGCUUUUUGAAAAACGUGCCGUGGACGUACAAAGGAUUAUAUUUAGUUUUGAUCACCCAAAUAGACACAUGACUUUCGCUGCGUAAAAUGCGCAACGUGCGCCACUUUAACAUAAUGGAUAUCCAGAAUAUUUUCACUAUCGAAAACCUACGCGACUUGAUUAAGAUUUGGAAACAGCUUGAGCAAAUUGACUUGAUUAGCAUUCAUAUCUGGUCCAGGGAGGCAGAAUUGUGGCAAACUGUUGCCAGUUGUCCAACGCUUAAGAUUCUAAACAUCUUAAGCAUGGAUAUGAGAAUAAAUUUCUUUGAAGUUGGACGCCGUAUCAUGGAAGAGACACUAAAUAAUCGUUCUCAAACUUUAACAUUGAAUUUCUACGACAAUUAUACGUCAUACAAAGAGUUGAUUCUUCAGCACUUUAAGCAUCCACAAUUGAUGGUAACUUUUGAGGCUUCCAAUCAGUAUGACAUCUGCAAAAGUUUCGUAGAAAUACAUUUUCAGCCUUUGCAAUCAUCCUAACAUCACUAUAUGAUAUUUUUUUCCACAAUGGGUUGGGUAAUUUGAUUUUUUGUUCGAUUAUUUAGAAUAUAUAAGUGUAAAUUUUGUCAUAUAUUAAUAAAUAAAUAGAUUUAAGUUAGAUACAGUGUUGUCAGAGUC